CGCGCGCGCGCCUGGAGAAACUUUCCGCGCCCGCGGCCCCGGGCGGCGCGGGGCGGCCCCGCCGGCCAGCGCGCUGUUGCGGCCCCGAAACUUCUGCGCGCCGCCCCAACUCGUCGCACGCGAAGGCACCGGCUGCUCGUCUAUGACCGCAAAGAUGGAAACGACCUUCUACGACGAUGCCCUCAACGCCUCGUUCCUGCCGUCCGAGAGCGGCGCCUACGGCUACAGUAACCCCAAGAUCCUGAAGCAGAGCAUGACCCUGAACCUGGCCGACCCGGUGGGCAGCCUGAAGCCGCACCUCCGCGCCAAGAACUCGGACCUGCUCACCUCGCCCGACGUGGGGCUGCUCAAGCUGGCGUCGCCCGAGCUGGAGCGCCUGAUCAUCCAGUCCAGCAACGGGCACAUCACCACCACGCCGACCCCCACGCAGUUCCUGUGCCCCAAGAACGUGACGGACGAGCAGGAGGGCUUCGCCGAGGGCUUCGUGCGCGCCCUGGCCGAGCUGCACAGCCAGAACACGCUGCCCAGCGUCACGUCGGCGGCGCAGCCGGUCAGCGGCGCGGGCCUGGUGGCGCCCGCCGUGGCCUCGGUGGCGGGCGGCGGCGGCGGCGGCGCCGGCGGCGGCGGCGGCUUCGGCGCGGGCCUGCACAGCGAGCCGCCGGUCUACGCCAACCUCAGCAACUUCAACCCGGGCGCUCUGGGCGGCGGCGGCGGCGGCGGCGGGGGCGGCGGCGGGGCGCCCUCGUACGGCGCGCCCGGGCUGGCCUUUCCCGCGCAGCCCCAACCCCAGCCCCAGCCGCCGCCGCAGCCGCAGCCGCCGCACCACCUGUCCCAGCAGCUCUCCGUGCAGCACCCGCGGCUGCAGGCCCUGAAGGAGGAGCCGCAGACGGUGCCCGAGAUGCCCGGCGAGACGCCGCCCCUGUCCCCGAUCGACAUGGAGUCCCAGGAGCGGAUCAAGGCGGAGAGGAAGCGCAUGAGGAACCGCAUCGCCGCCUCCAAGUGCCGGAAAAGGAAGCUGGAGCGCAUCGCGCGGCUGGAGGAAAAAGUGAAAACCUUGAAAGCGCAGAACUCAGAGCUGGCGUCCACCGCCAACAUGCUCCGCGAGCAGGUGGCCCAGCUCAAGCAGAAAGUCAUGAACCACGUUAACAGCGGGUGCCAGCUCAUGCUCACGCAGCAGUUGCAGACGUUCUGAGCAGAGGCGGUCGGGGGCUUGAGGGGCACUGGAGAACCACCACCACCACCACCACCACAACAACAACCACCACAACAACAAAAACACUGAUAACGCGGAGAGAGAACUGACUUGAGAACUUGACCCAAGUGGAGCGCGCGCGAGCAAAGCGGCGUCGGAGGACUGACGCCAAGAGGGGUCGGAGUUGGACUGGGCUGCGUCCUGACGGCGCCCUCGGUGUGCACGAGUGGGAAGGACUUGGCGGGCCCUCCCCUGGCGCGGAGCCAGGGGGCCCGCAGCCCGCGGGGCGGCCCCGCGUUGCGAACGGGCUGUCCCCGCAACGCACGGAACGGCAGACUUUUCUUUCAUAUUGACCAAGAACUGCAUGGACCUAACCUUCGAUCUCAUUCAGUAUUAAAAAAAGGGGGGCGGGGGAGGGUUGCAAGCUGCCAUAGAGACUGUAGAUCGCUUCUGUAGUGCGCCUUAAGAACACAAAGGGGGGUGGGGGAGGGGAGGCGGGAGGGAGGUGCCGGAGAGCCCGGGCCCAGCCUGCAGACGAACUCUUUCUGGCCUGCCUUCCUUGACUGUGUCUGUACAUAUAUAUAUAAAUAUCUAUUUUUUAAUUUGAUGAAAGCUGGUUACUGUCAAUAAACAGCUUCAUGCCUUUGUAAGUUAUUUCAUGUUUGUUUGUUUGGGUGUCCCGCCCAGUGUUGUUUGUAAAUAAGAGAUUUGGAGCACUCUGAGUUUACCAUUUGUAAUAAAGUAUAUAAUUUUUUUAUGUUUUGUUUCUGAGAAAUUCCAGAAAGGAUAUUUAAGAAAAAUACAAUAAAAUAUUGGAAAAAGU